AUGUGGUGUUGGUUCAAGGGUUGUUUGGGUGCUCUUGAUGGUAGUUACAUUAAUUUAAUGGUCAGUAACGUUGACAAGCCGAUAUACUGUACCCGUAAAGGGCAGAUUGCAACAAAUACCCUUGCCGUUUGUGACCGCAAUAUGCAGUUCGUCGACGUGUUACCCGGAUGGGAAGGCUCAGCCGUGGAUUCGAGGAUUUUGCGCGAUGCCCUACAACGUGCAAAUGGAUUGAGGGUGCCCAAAGGCAACUACUAUCUAUGCGACAAUGGGUAUGCGAACAACGAGGGUUUCCUUGCACCAUAUAAAGGGAUACACUACCAUUUGAAGGAAUGGGGACCGAAUGCAAGUAGGCCUCAAAAUGCAAUGGAGCUGUUCAAUUUGCGCCAUUCGAAGGCACACAAUGUUAUUGAGCGAGCGCUUUGGAUCCUGAAAAUGCGCUGGGGCAUUUUGAGGAGCAGCGUCUUUUACCCCGUUAAGACCCAAAUUCGCUUAAUUAUGUCGUGCUUCAUCUUGAAUAAUUUUAUCCAAUCCGAGAUGCCCGAUGAUCCUAUAGAGCGAGAGUUUGAUAGCGUACCAGAAAAAUGA